AGAAGAAGUCAUUCUGCAGCAGGUAAUCCCACUCUCCACCAUGAAGUUGCUGACUGUGUCCGCAUUUCUUUGUGCCAUGAUAGCUCUGACCAGAGCUGCUGCUCUUGGGGCCGCGAUCGAAACAGCAAAGAAUCACCUGGUCAAUGGGUCCGCAUCUUGUCCUGGUGGCUGGUCUGAGACCAAUGGGAGAUGCUUCCUCUUCGUUCCAGGAGCCAUGACUUGGGCCAAAGCUGAGUCAAACUGUCGCUCUCUGGGUGGACACCUCGCAUCCAUUCACAACAUCCUGGAGUACCAUGCGAUUCAGAAUCUGAUCAAGAGCGCCACUUAUGAAAACAAAGCAACAUGGGCCGGAGGCUCUGAUGCACAAGUGGAGGGUGAGUGGUUCUGGAGCGAUGGUACCCGAUUCAGUUUUCCAACUGUGUCCUGGAAACCCAAUAACGACAGAAGCCAGCAUUGCCUUCAGAUCAAUUAUGGAGGUUUCACUAUUGUCAUGUGA